CUUGUAACCACCCCCAAGCGGUCGCUCCUUGCAAAACCGCCAUCUUGUCCAGGCCUGACGUCACUAGCAGACGAUACGGCGCGCACGGAAGGCGACGAAAACAAAUUGGCGUGGUUUCUAUGCUGUGUGGCAAUCGGUGGCAACUUGCCAAACGCAACUAUGUGGUGUUAGUCUGGUGUCGUUGUGCGUCUUUUAGGUAUUUAAAGUUGUGAAUAACACUUUACAAUAAUAAAUAUGGGACGUUGUUGCUACAUGGGCUGUCAGCACCGGUCCGGCGAGGCAACAAAAGCCUCGGGCGUAACAUUUCACUGUUUCCCACGAGAUCCUACGCUUCGAGAAGCUUGGGUUGAGGCCAUUGGGAGAACUGGAUGGACACCCAGCAAACACAGUGUAGUGUGCUCCAAGCACUUUCAGAACCGUGACAUGGACAGGACAUCGUUAGCACGGAUUCGAUUAAGACCUGGUGCGGUGCCCAUCGCUCAUCCUUCUGUGUCUGCUCCUGAGCUGCAGGUAGCACAGCUUUCAACAGCACCUGAGGCAGCACGUGAAGCAGAGCAUGAAAUGGAACUAGUCACAGCUCCUGGUGGAGCACAGGAGCAACUCCCAGCUCCAGCCAGAACACAGGAGGAACUCGCUCUAGAGGAAACCUGUGAGGGAGAACAUGAACAAGACUUAUUGUCCAGCUCCUGUGCAGAGAUGAGUGAUGAAAGCACGGGCUUUGACUGUAACCCGUUGCACAACCCAUUUACAGAGCUCGAAGAUGAGGACGUAUUAGGAUAUGUCCGAGCUGGACAUGCAUCACCUCAAGCUUCUUGUUCAAGCUUAAAUACCUCACUGGAAACCAGUGCCAUCACCUAUGCUCCCUAUGCUGCUGCCACAUCUAGCAGAAGGAUUUCACUGGAUACUGCGAGCACCUCCACUCCUGUGACCCCUACCAGAGGGAUUAUAUUGGUAAGAACUAUCAGGAGGGCUACUGUUUCAUCUCAGACCACAGAGGGAAUGUGCGGCAUGCUUAUAUCAACAGUAACAUAGAAUCUCUCUGUGCCACUACAGUUGGGGAUACAUUCAAACCAUAUAGUUCUUCUUGUCAUUGGAGGAUAUACCAAUCUGUCUUGAGACAUGGCCACUACCUCGAAAUUAAUAACUAAGUGCAGUUAAAUACAACAUAUUGCACACAAUAAAAGAGAAAGGGAGAGCAAGAUGUACCCUGAACACUAAAGGGUUUAUUGUGCCCUUUACGUUUUAGAAGAAAAAUCUUUCAUCACGAGGGUAUGAUGGCGGCU